UUCUCUCUCUCUCCCUCGCACUUUCCCGUUAUCCAAACAGCGGAAAAUCGAAUCUCUUUCCGCCUUUUGCAUUGGCUUAUAAAAAUCUAUAUAACAAAAGGUCUCCGAAAAAUCCUCUCGGCUUGUCACCGACAUCCCUCCUAAAUUUCACGGGCCAAUCAAAUCGGUCCACGUCCGCAGCAAACCAAAUGAGAUCCGCCGGCGGCGGCGGCGGCACCGCCAUCAUUACAGCUCCCGCCAAAGGCGGAAACUCCCUUAUAAGCUUCGAGCACAAGAGGGAUGCUUAUGGAUUUGCGGUGAGACCUCAGCAUGUGCAAAGGUACCGAGAAUAUGCUAAUAUCUACAAGGAAGAAGAGGAGGAAAGAUCAGAUAGGUGGAAUGAUUUCUUGGAACGUCAAGCAGAGUCUGCUCAAUUGCCAAUCAACGGUAUAUAUUCAGAGGAAGGCAAGGAGGCCUCACAUGCUGCUGAAGACGGGAAAAAUGUAGUAGAGAAGAGCACUGAAGGAGAUGAUCUGUCUGAAAGGAAGUUCGGUUCUGAUAGCCUGCCUGAGAAUGAUACGGAAAAAGAGAAGGUGCAGUCUGCACCGGCGAAAAGUGUUCACGGGAUCCAAAUAUGGACUGAAAUUCGACCGACCCUUUCGGCCAUUGAAGAUAUGAUGAGUAUUCGUGUAAAGAAGAAAGGGAUUCUAUCAAAAGAAGAGCAAAAAACCAGUCGAGGAAAGCCGUUAACUCCUACUGAAGAUGCUAGAUCCCCAAAGGGAGCAUCAGAGGAGGAUUCUGAUGAUGAAUUUUAUGAUGCAGAGAGAUCUGACCCAGUUCAGGAUUCCCUUACAAGUGGCAGUGGAAGUACCAGAACUGGUGGUGGUAGUGCUGAUUCAGCUGCUACAGAAUCUUUAUUUCCCUGGAAGGAAGAGUUCGAAGUUCUUGUUCGUGGGGGAGUGCCAAUGGCUCUUAGGGGAGAGCUUUGGCAAGCUUUUGUUGGUGUGAGGGCACGCAGAGUGGAGAAGUAUUACCAGGAUCUACUAGAUAACGAAACUAACUGUGGCAACAACACUGAACAACAGAGCUUGCAAUCUGACAGUAAGGGUUCAACAACAGAGCCUGUAUGUGGUCCUGAGAAGUGGAAAGGACAGAUUGAGAAGGAUUUGCCUCGAACAUUCCCAGGUCACCCUGCUCUGGAUGAUGAUGGUAGAAAUGCUUUGAGACGGUUGCUUACAGCUUAUGCUCGACAUAACCCCUCUGUUGGCUACUGUCAGGCCAUGAAUUUCUUUGCUGCCUUGUUACUCCUCUUGAUGCCUGAAGAAAAUGCCUUCUGGACUUUGGUGGGCAUUAUUGAUGACUAUUUUGAUGGCUAUUACUCAGAGGAAAUGAUUGAGUCCCAGGUUGACCAAGUUGUUUUUGAGGAGUUGAUGCGCGACAGAUUUCCUAAAUUGGGUCUGUAUUUUUUCAAUAUUUGUCCCAUGUAUGAAAAUUCAUAUGUGAUAUAUUUCUUUUGCUUUUUUUGGGCAGUUUAUGAACAGCAUUUUUUUGUUUAUGCAGUCAAUCAUCUAGAUUAUCUAGGAGUGCAGGUGGCAUGGGUUACUGGACCGUGGUUCCUUUCCAUUUUCAUGAACAUGCUUCCAUGGGAAAGUGUGCUUCGAGUCUGGGAUGUGCUCCUUUAUGAAGGAAAUCGUGUCAUGGUUUGUAGGACAGCGCUUGCUUUAAUGGAGUUAUAUGGCUCCGCACUAGUUACAACUAAGGAUGCAGGAGAUGCUGUUACUUUGCUACAGUCAUUGGCUGGGUCAACAUUUGACAGCAGUCAACUUGUAUUGACAGCUUGUAUGGGAUACCAAAAUGUAACUGAGAAAAGAUUACACGAUUUAAGAGAGAAGCAUCGGUCAGCUGUAAUAGCUGCAGUUGAGGAAAGAUCAAAGGGGCUUCAAGCUUGGAGGGAUUCUCAGGGCCUAGCAUCUAAGCUAUAUAGUUUUAAGCAGGAUCCAAAGUCCAUGUUUGUGGAAACAAAUAAGGCAGAACGAUUGGUUGAUUCACAAACUAACGGGGAUCUCUCUCGUUCUGAGUCUGGAUCCACUAAUGCUGACGAAGUUCUUAUUAGUUUGACAGGAGAUGCUGACACGGAUGCUGUUCCUGAUCUUCAAGAGCAGGUUGUGUGGUUAAAAGUUGAGUUGUGCAAGUUGCUGGAAGAGAAAAGAUCAGCUGUCCUCAGAUCGGAGGAGCUGGAGACAGCCUUGAUGGAGAUGGUGAAGCAAGAUAACCGGCGGCAAUUAAGUGCUAGGGUGGAGCAACUAGAGCAAGAGGCUGCUGAGCUCCGUACGGCACUCUCUCAGAAGCAGGAACAAGAAAAUGCAAUGCUUCAGGUCCUAAUGAGGGUAGAGCAAGAUCAGAGGGUGACAGAAGAUGCUCGCAGAUUUGCCGAGCAAGAUGCUGCCGCACAAAGAUAUGCUGCUCAAGUGCUUCAGGAAAAGUACGAAGAUGCCAUCGCUUCGCUUGCUGAAAUGGAGAAAAGAGUGGUAAUGGCAGAAUCUAUGUUGGAGGCUACCUUACAGUACCAGUCUGGACAAAGUAAAGUACAACCUUCUCCGCGAUCAUCGCAUCCCGAUUCUCCAGCACGAAGCAAUCAAGAGCCCCAACAAGAAAUCCCCGCACGAAGGAUUAGUUUACUUUCUCGACCAUUCGUACUUGGCUGGGUUGACAAAAACAAGGGAAAGCCGGAUAAUGUCGAUAACCCAGAUGACGGGAAGCCACCACCUAGCGAGGGUCGAAAUACCGAAAUCCAACGGAAACAAACAAACGAUGAGGAAACGAACGGCAAGGACACGAAUGACAAGGAAACAAACGGAACCGAAGGUCAAGAUAAGGAGUGAGAGAACUGCAGGAUGAAGGUACGCUUCAUGUGGCAUCCAACUCUUCCUGCCCUUUCUCCGGCCGUUGUACGUCACCGUUGGUUGGCACCGGAAACAACAUGUGCUGAGGCCCAUACGUUAUAAUAUCGACCGUCGCAUUUAUUGUUUUAGCGUAACUCAUGUCGAACGGCAUCGACAGCCGAGUCUGAGUGGUGUUUCUCGAGCUUGAUUCGUUUUUCGUUUCUAUUUCUUCGUAGAAAUAUUUGCAGACACAAGAAGGAAAUGGGGUAAUGUUGAUGAAGGUGUGUCAAUCAAGAGUUGCUAAAGAAAUCAGGUCACAUAACAUAAGUAGGCAACGACGUUGCUUUGAUCUAUAAUUAUUAACACUACUUGAAUAGUUGUAUGUAUGUAUGUAUGUAUGUAUGUAUGUAUGUAUGUAUGCAUGCAUGCAAUAUAUAGGUGAAACACAAGGAAUCUGCAAAUCUAUGACUUAGAUGGCUCA